ACCAAAAGUCCUGAAAUUUGGAGGUGUAACUCUAAACCCCUCGAAGCAUCGCUUGGCUCUACUCACUAGUCUAGAUGACCACCAGAAUAGCGCCGGGCGUCGGCGCAAAUCUCCUCGGCCAGCACUCCGCCGAGCGAAACCAAGACGCCACCGUCUACGUCGGCAAUCUCGAAUCCAAAGCAGGUGAAGAAUUAUUAUGGGAGCUGUUUGUGCAAGCAGGUCCAGUUGUUAAUGUAUAUGUGCCCAAGGACAGAGUUACAAAUGCUCAUCAAGGCUACGGGUUUGUGGAGUUUAGAAGCGAAGAAGAUGCUGAUUAUGCGAUCAAGGUUCUUAAUAUGUUAAAAUUGUUUGGAAAACCUAUCCGAGUAAAUAAGGCUUCACAAGAUAAGAAAAGUGUUGAUGUUGGAGCUAACCUUUUCAUUGGAAAUCUUGAUCCUGAUGUUGAUGAAAAGCUUCUUUAUGACACUUUCAGUGCUUUUGGUGUUAUUGUUGCAAAUCCUAAGAUAAUGAGAGAUCCAGAAACUGGAAAUUCUCGCGGUUUUGGUUUUAUUAGCUAUGAUUCUUUUGAGGCAUCUGAUGCCGCUAUUGAGACGAUGAAUGGUCAGUAUCUCUGCAAUCGUCAAAUAACAGUGUCUUAUGCAUACAAGAAAGAUACUAAAGGAGAGCGCCAUGGCACCCCUGCAGAAAGAGUUCUUGCUGCAAGUAAUCCUACUACCCAAAGAAGUAGGCCCCACACCAUGUUUGCAAGUGGACCUCCAACAAUCCCUCAGCAAAACGGUGGUGUCAGUGCCCCGGUUGCUCCAAGGCCCUUUGCAAACGGCCCUGUUCCUCCACCACCAAUCCCAGCACUCAGUGCGCCACCUCAACAGAACAUGUAUCAACCUAUGCAGAUGCAAGCUCCAUCUUGGCAGGGUCAGCCACCGCAACCUGGUCAUGCUGGUAUUCCUCCACCAAUGCAGCAAUUUAGAAGCAUGCCGCCGCCUCCUCCACAGAUGGCUCCAGCUCCUAUGAGACCUCCACCUCCUCCAUCUGGAAUGGCUGCUCCACCUGGUUGGCGACCACCACCACCACCCCAGCACCUCAUGGGUGGAACCCAUCCGAUGCAGCAUAUGAUGCCCCCACCUCAACAUAUGAAUAUGCCGCCACAGUAAACUUGACACUCGUGAAGUUGUUAUAUGCCAACAUUGGUUUGGUGAGUUAGAAGCAUGCAUGCAUAUGCUGUCACCAUGAUACUCCUGCUCCCUCAAGAUCUACUUUUUCAUCUCUCAACAGCAAUGGUGUCAUCGUCUUGUCUAACUUCUUACACAGUGCUAUCGUAUCUUGUCUUGAAACUAAAUUCCUUUCCCCAGCAAUCAAUAAAGCUUAUCAACUCCCCAAUUAGCAGUUAUAUAUUUGUCCCCUCCACAUCAACUACUAUUCAUCUAAGUAUUUCCAAGUACUACUCUUUUUGUUUCCUGUCUCAGUUUUUUUUCUUUUUUGUAUGCUAAAUUCUGCAUUUUGUUUCUAUACACUUGUUUUUUAUUGGACUGUAUCCUUUGAUAUGGAUAUAUGUUUACUUGCACAACUAUUCAUCAACCACUGUGGUUUCAAGAAACACAUUAUUUUAGGAAUUUUGAAAUACCUGUGUUGUUACAA